AUGCCUGCCUACGAGCUCCGAUCGGGGGGGGAUGUGAAGAACAAGAAGCAGAGUGUGGCCGAUCUCAAGUACCGACGAUUGACCGAGCUCAAUGCUCGUCUGAAGGAGGACCUGGAUCGCCCUCGAGUGAAGGUGUCGGACGCCGCAGGGUCCCUGAUCGAAUACUGCAACUCAACUCGCGAUUUUAUGGUGCCGUCUGUAUGGGGUCCGAUCACCAAGCACGAUGACCCGUACGCUCCUCCCCAGCAAAAGGGCUGCUGCACUGUCAUGUAA